CGGCGGUAGCGGGCUCCCCAGCGGCAUGCCAGUGCCCCCCGGGCGCGAUGGCUAGCGGCAGCGCGGGGAAGCCCAGUGGCGAGGCGGCUUCUCCGGCUCCCGCGAGCGCCGUCGGGGCGGCCUGCUCGCAGCCGCGGAAGAGGCUGGUGUCCGUGUGCGACCACUGCAAAGGCAAGAUGCAGCUGGUGGCCGACCUGCUGCUGCUGUCGAGCGAGGCGCGGCCCGUGCUCUUCGAGGGCCCCGCCGCCUCCUGCGCCGGCGCCGCCGAGUCCUUCGAGCAGUGCCGGGACACGAUCAUCGCGCGCACCAAGGGGCUCUCCAUCCUCACCCACGACGUGCAGAGCCAGCUCAACAUGGGCCGCUUCGGGGAGGCGGGGGACAGCCUGGUGGAGCUGGGCGACCUGGUGGUGUCGCUGACCGAGUGCUCCGCGCACGCGGCCUACCUGGCGGCGGUGGCCACGCCGGGCGCGCAGCCCGCGCAGCCGGGCCUGGUGGACCGCUACCGCGUGACGCGCUGCCGCCACGAGGUGGAGCAGGGCUGCGCCGUGCUGCGCGCCACCCCGCUGGCCGACAUGACGCCGCAGCUGCUGCUCGAGGUGUCGCAGGGCCUGUCGCGCAACCUCAAGUUCCUGACGGACGCGUGCGCCCUGGCCAGCGACAAGUCCCGGGACCGCUUCUCCCGCGAGCAGUUCAAGCUGGGCGUCAAGUGCAUGAGCACGAGCGCGUCGGCGCUGCUGGCCUGCGUGCGCGAGGUGAAGGCGGCGCCCAGCGAGCUGGCCCGCAGCCGCUGCGCGCUCUUCAGCGGGCCCCUGGUGCAGGCGGUGAGCGCGCUGGUGGGCUUCGCCACCGAGCCGCAGUUCCUGGGUCGCGCGGCGGCCGUGAGCGCCGAGGGCAAGGCGGUGCAGACCGCCAUCCUGGGCGGCGCCAUGAGCGUGGUGUCGGCCUGCGUGCUCCUGACCCAGUGCCUCAGGGAUCUGGCGCAGCACCCCGACGGGAGCGCCAAGAUGUCGGACCACAGGGAGAGGCUGAGGAACUCGGCCUGCGCCGUGUCUGAAGGCUGCACCCUGCUAUCUCAGGCUUUACGGGAGAGGUCUUCGCCCAGGACUUUACCGCCAGUGAAUUCCAAUUCUGUGAAUUAGCACCCCGCCCCGCGCCCCCUCUUUCUUCCACCCGGGAGCAGAGGAAGACGACCUCCCCUCCGCCCCUCUCCACGUAUACCAAAGAAAAUCCCAGGGGGAGCCCCUCCCCGGCCCCCCUCCCCGUGUCAGACGCUCGGAGGGAACCUUCCAGAGAGUGGGGCCGCGCGCGCGCGCGCGCGCGCGCACCGGCCAGCGCGCUCCAGCUCCAGCGACGCUCAGUGCGCCCUGGGGGCCCUGUGCGCACCCAGCAGGGCCUGCAGGUGGCGGCCCCCGCCCCAGCUCCCAGCUCCCAGCUCCCAGCUCCCAGUCUGGAGCUCCUCCGCUAAAUUUUCUUAUCAAUUGGGCAGGAAGGAGGUCAUGGGUUCAUUUCUUUUUUUGGUCUUUCGUUUUCUUUCUUUUUUUCUUUUUUUUUUCCUAAUUAAAAGAAAGGUUACCUCAGUUUCACUCCUUAGACAUGGAUGUAGCUACCUUUUUUUGUAUGUUGUAAUUUUUUUUUUUUUUUUAAAGCAAUCGUGUUGGAUUAGGCGUAUACUUGGUGUGGAAAGAGUAUGACUUUGCCAUGUGAUUUGCAAACGGGGGAAAAGCUACUGUGAGUGUGUGUUUUAUUUUUUGAUUUACACUAUAGAGUGAUUUCCCCCCUGCCCUCUCCCCACCCCACCCCCUACCCCCCGCCCCCCCCCCCCCCAUGUCAAGUUUUUACCUUUGCAUGUACUGGAGUAUUUAUUUCAUCUAUUAAAAUGUUAUGUUUCUCAGAUGGCCUUUUGCAAUUAUUGUUGAUUUUCAAUAAUUGUAAUAACGUUGCAUGCUGCAUGUCAUCUCUGGAAGGGCACGCUGGGAAGUGUAGCAGUGUCUCCAGGCUUUAUUUAGCCCUGUCUCCCUUUUUCCUGGAGGGUUACCUCUCUGGGCAGCUUAGAGUUGCAGAAGAGAGACCCGCAGAGCGCUGGCCUUGCCAAGCCAGAGGCCAUAGGAGUGAGGGCAGUAUGUGUGGUGCCAGGGCUGGGCUGUUGGGGUGUUUGGUCUUGCCUCUGGUUUCUCCUAGAAAGCACUUCAGCUCCCUUUGUGUUGGCGCCUCUUUCUGCCCUGGGUCAGCCUGAACCAGGUCUGAUUUGUAUUCUUCUGUCUCUCGGAUUCAGGCUCUUCCUUAUCCUAUGUGGUAUGCCACCCUUCUCCGGUAGGUCGGAGGAUCUGUGCACUGGAGCUGUAAAAAAAAGUGUGGUAUAGUGAGGACUCUCAGGAGUCUUGCUGGCCUUUUUUAUGUGGGUGGGUCUGUUUAUAGACAACAUCUCACUCAAGGUUUUAGGAAAAACCUUGGAGGGUUCUAGACUAAUAUAUCAGAGGGAGAGGUAUUCUGGAAAAUGUGAAGAACUUUCUAGGGCCACGGCCUAAUUGAAGACAAAGGGCUGAUUUUUGUAACCUUGAUUUAAGAUCUGCCCUGAUUCAUUUUAUGUCGGAAGACUGCUCCGUUCAUUGAAGUUUGGAGUUAUUUUAAGGGAGUUUGUCCUUUCUGCAGGCAUGUUAAAAAAAAUUGGGGAGGGAGGGCUGUAUAGUUUUGCCGAACCUUGUUAAGUUUUGGACAGUUUUCCUCCUGAAAGGAUAAUGCAUUUAUUUGCAGUGCUUUGCCCUGGGAGAGCCACAUGGAUUAAAAAAAACAAACAAAAACAAAAACAAAAAAAAAACUUAUACAUGCUUUAAAUUUGCUCAGUUUAUAUUUUUCUUUGAAUUUCUUGCACCUAAACUUUUGUAGUUCCCAUGGAUCUGAGAAGAAAGCAUUUUUCACUAUAGUGUGUUAGAAAGUCCUAUUGACUGUUUUACUUGAAUCACUGUAUUUAUUACAAGAACAUCAUAUUCAACCAGUUAAGUGUCUUUAAACUUGUUUUGGGUAAGGCUAGGAUUGGGGAGCUGCUCUGAAUCUGAUGUUUGGAAAAGCUUGAGAGUGACCGUGUACAUCCAUUUCUUAGGAACAGUCAAGGGAACUGUUGUUCCUGUCGUAGGGCCUGGUAGAUUUAAACUUUUAAAGUCUUUAAAAAUGAAAAUGACCUUGAGAAUGUUUCUUCCUCUACCCCCUGCCCUUCUUCAGUCUGGGUCGGUCAGGUUCGGGAAGUAUUUGGAAAGAGCAAACCUAACCCAUGUGCCAAUGACAACCCUGCUUGCAUAUAGGACUUGUAACUUACUUUUAUUUAUUGGCCAUACAUAAGUAAUUAUAGAGUUUCUAAUUAUGUGGUUCAUUUAGCCUAUGCAGAUCACAAAGAGUAAAUGGAAAGGAACAAAGUAAAGCAAAAUUAGGGCCAGAAAUCUGUAAAUUCGGUGUUUGAUUAAGACAAAAAUGAUUGCCAAUUGUUCCUUGGACUCAUUCCUUUUGCAGAAGCAAUUUUCAGGACAGCGCACGCCAGGAAAAAAAAAAAAAUUGCUUUCCCUAUCUCCUUGGAUGAAGUGAACUAGCUUGCCACCAAAUUAAAUUUUGAAACUUC